AUGAACGCUUUCGGUCUUCUUCUAGCUUUCGCCGUUCUUUUCGCUUCUGCUGCGGCCGCCAACCGUUACGGAUGGCCAGACUCUUACGAGAGAUUCCUUGAGAGAGUAAGUACCCUUUCAGCCUGUUCCCAGCCAAGCAUAAUAAAAUUUCAGCAAGGAUACUGGGACUUCAAGAGUCAUGAUGUGAAAUCGUCGUACAGAGGCCGUGCCAACUACGAGCAUGACCUUCGUGAGCUCUUCGACGACUGGAAAAAGCAGACGAGAUGGGGCCAGAAGGACUACCGCUCUAACAAGUACACUCCACCACAGGGACGUUGGGGAUUCCCAGGAAAGUAA